AUGGCGACUGAGCCAGUGAGGCCCAGAGAACGAGCUGCGUCUGCAGAACGUUCUACGGCGACUUCACCGAAACCGACCCCCAUCGAAGCGCGACGUUAUUCAGAUGUAACGAUGGCGGAACCGUCCCCCAAGCUGCUAAAACUCCCCAUGUCUACUGCCUCGUCCGCCCAAGAAGCAGCUCUUCAGGAUUCCGAUGAUGAUGAUGUUGACUUGGACGAAGAUGACUUCGCGGAGUCUGAAGCGAAAUAUAACCGGGAGGUGGCUCGUCUCGAAGCCAAACGCAUCGAUUUGAGUGCACCACAUUUACGUGCUACGACACCAUUACAGGAAAUCGUCUUGCUCUCCAGCUUGACGGUUGACCAUCUUCCACAGAAACAGAUGGAGUCAAAGCGGAAUGUUGAAGAUGAGAGUGCGCCCAUGAACACGGAUGACGACAAUUCUCUCCUUGAACAACGGCGACCGGAGAGUGUCAUUGCUGAUCUUCCAACGCCAAAGGAUGAUCGCUCGGAUGAUGUUGAAAUGGGAGGGAUCGAGCACAAGGAUGACAAACGCGACAGAUCGACGGCUCCAGCAACCAUGGCCCUUAGGCUUCGGCGUGAAGGGUCCUCCCCCAAUGACGACAGUCUUCCUGAUCUGAGUUCAUUGCCUUACCUUGUGUCUGGGCCACCAAGUCCAUUAUCUGACAUUGGGCAAGAUAGACCAGCUCUGUCUGAUUCCGUCAGAGUUGCUAUGCGUGAAAAACUGCGCAAGAGUAUUGAGCCAGAGUUGAACCAAGAUGAAACAUUGCGCCAGUAUGCUGCCCUGUACAAACAAUGGCGGACUAACAUGCGCCCUUUGGACGAGGAGCGUGAACAAGAUGACCCGGAACGACAGCCUUCGGCGGAGCCGACCUUGAAAGCGCUCACUCCUGAUAUCCAAAGUACGGCGAUGACAGGAAUAAUGGAUAGUUCACUUGCACCCACUGGUCGUAGGGGCCACGCAAGUCGCUGGGCAACUGAACUGGACAUCGAGGCAGUCAUUGCAGAGUCCCUCAAGACGGCAGAGGAAGAGAAGCUGGGAAAGAAAGACAAGGAACCACGGAAAUCAAUGGCCGAUCCGGAGAAGGAAGCCGAUCUGCCCGUAGAACUCACCGAGUCUGAAGCGCAGCGUCGCCGCUAUAUUGACACCAACUUUCAGCGCGAACCAGGUCAAGGCAUUUUCGCCUUUCAUUAUGAACCGCCCGAGGAUGACUUUACGGAGGAGGAGCAUCGUGUCAUGGUGCACAACUACAAGGAUCAAUAUGCGAAGAAAUGGGGCAAGCUAGCUGAACUACUGUACAAAGAGGUCGGCACAGAGCGAACCUACAAGGAUUGUAUCAACCAUUACUAUGCCACCAAGUGGGGCAAGGAGUACAAGGGUAAGCUCAGAGGGAAACGCGGCGCAGCCAAGAAACGAGGGGGAGCUGUGGCUCGUGGCCGCGCAGCCAUUGCAAACAUGGAACGACCGGAACAAUCGGGAGAGGAUGGGCUGCCGCUGCCCGUCACUGAAACUGGACGCCCUCGACGCUCUGCAGCCCCGACUUUUGGCGGAUCUGAACAAGACAUUGAUGCCAAUGCGAUGGCUGUAGUGCCAGGACGUGCACGACGUCAAACUGAUGCUGACGGUUCACAAGAAAAGGCGAAUAGACGUGGCAAAGGAAAGGAUAAGAUUGGUCGCAAAACUAAGAACAUGCCCCUUGCCGCAGCACCGGUUGGCUCCCCAAUCAAAUUCGACCGCAAAGAAAAAGGUCCAAGUCUUGGUGUCAAAUUAGAGGACGAGUUGAGCAAGCGGCCACUGGGAGAGAUGCCUUUACCCAUUCAUGCUGGCAUGAUGGAAGAGCAGCAAAUGCUCAUGACGGGCAAUCAACAAUUGCUUGCAGAACUACCACACGGUCUAUUGGAUCGAUCGAAGAUCCCAGUUCCCCCUGCAAGACCUGGCCCAUCAAGCUAUUGGUCAGUUUCGGAGUUGCAAGACUUUGACAAAAAUGUCGCGCACUUCGGUACUGACUGGUUAGCUAUAGCAAAUCAUAUGGGCACCAAGACACACACCAUGAUCAAGAAUCAGUACCUUCGCCUAGUAGAAAGCGGGCGGAUAGAACUGGAGCAAAUGGCAAAAGAAGCAGACGCUCGAAGGGAACGUGGCGACGAUCUCGGGCCACCGCCAACACCCACUCCAGCGCCUAAAAGACGAUACGAAAGUACACAGGCUGCUCCGAUUCGGCAAAUCGCACCUACACCCGAGCAUAAGUCACCUCUUCUAAACCCGCUUGCACUACCAAAGGCAUCCUCUCCGCAUUCAGCUUCCUCAUCUAGGUUUUCCACCAUCGCUCAAGCACCCGUACAGGGUAAGCGCUCGUUACCUGCAUCUGGAUAUCCUUCCCAACCAGAGCCUAGUCUCGUCUCUGUUCCUUCGCUGCCAUUGCAGCAGUCGCCUCCCGCUCCACCCCAGCGUGCGCAACCACAGCACCACCAUCAGCACUCCAUGUCUCAGCACAAGCAGUCGCAGCAUGGACCUCGAUCCGGCUACUUCUCGGACGAUAUGCCUCCCCGCGUUGAGAAUCGCACACCUUCGCAAUCAUCAGCGCAUCAGCAACCGCCUAGGCAUCUUCAACAACAUGCGCAGAGCCGCUCACAAGAGCAGCAUCAGUCUCCGGUCUAUCGAAGCCUGCCCUAUCAGGAUCGGGAGAAUUUGGCUCGGCCUGGUGUUCAACAAGAGCAGGAAGCUCAGCAUCGAUUCCACGACCAGCGACGAAUCUCGCAUGAGUUGCAAAAUCACCGGCCCUUUGCUCCAGGACAACCACCAUUGAUAUCUACUGUGCGCUCAAACUCUGUUCUCCAGUCCCCCGAGCAUCGACCAGUGCCCUACUCGCAUUCUCGUCACGUGUCCCAAGCUCAUUCCAUUGGUCAUUCACCGUCGGACACGUAUAAUCAAGGGCUUGCUUCUAUGCCUAACGUGCAACAGUUGCCUCCGCGGUCUUCCAUUCUCACCCCACCGGUCAAGGAAGAGCCUCGGAAUCCGCCACCGCUUAUGCCUCAAACUCAGCCUCAGCCUCAACCUCAGCCUCAGCCUCCAACAAUGUCGCAAUCCCAACACCACAGUCAGCAGCAAAGCCAGCCUCCGAUGCAAAAGGCUCCGCCUCCCAGUGUUGUAAAGCCAGCAGCGGAACCUAGGAAGUCCAAUUUGAUGUCACUGCUCAAUGACACACCACCAGAAGAGCCUAGAAGAAAGAAGCCAAGUGAUCCAGGUCCGGGAUCUCAUAGCACAACCCCCCAGCAGUCAACACCCAUCGCUCCUCCCCCGCCAACAUCUCAGACCUAUUCAACGUCAUCGCGGCGUUCUAUUUACGAUGAUCAAGGAAUCAGUCAUUCAAGUUACAAUAGGCCCUCGUAUGCCCAACAAUCUGCACUGCCCGCGACUGUAACGAACCGGACAGUUGAAAUGCCAAAUGAGCAACCGGUGGGAGGCCGACCACGUGAGGGUUGGCCACAGCGUCCCCCUUAUCUGCACAGUCAAAGUCAUGGUCCGCCACCAACAUCGCUUCCUUCGUCGCAGCCCGGCCCUCCACAGCCCACCUUCAACGACAACAGAAUCUUCGGUAACCACCGCUCCGUUUUUGCCCAGCACAACGCAGUGCGGCACAACCCUUCGCCGCCACCCCUUGGCUAUAGUAAUUCUCCCCACAUGCACUCACGGACUCCAAGUAUAGUUGGGGCGCCUGUGCAGGCCAAUCGGCACGUCAUCCCUAGCACUACUUCUGGACAGCACUCUCAGGCAGCCAGUGCUUCUGCUCAGAUCCUGCAGCCAAACCCAUAUGCACAGGUUGACCCACCCGGGAGUGCACCACCGCCGGGUCCUAUGGGUAUGCGUCCUAGCCCACACCUUCACACCAGCCAUAUUGCACAACAAAGAGACGCUUCUGGUCGCAAUGAGCACUCGCAGACACAAAACGCAAACCUGACAUACUCGAACCAACAAACCCCGAAUGAACAUCCCGGGCAUCCGCAACUUGGAGGUCUGCGAAGUUUGAAUGAGCCGUAUCGUCCUCGUGAUCCCCGUGAACCUCACCGUGACAUAGAUUCUCGCAACUCGGAUCGCGACACAGGUCGUGAGCUUGCACAGAGAACUGAAUACCUACGCGAGCAGCUUUCAAACCCUGCCUUGCGGUCUGCGGGCCCACCGAUGCACGAAGAUAUGCGAUACCACCCACAGGAGCGCUCCUACCAUCCUCAGCGCUCGCAAACUCCGCUCUCGAGACCUGAGCAUGGUCAGACCCCGCAGUUGCAGCAUCCACCUCACUCCUCACUGGGUGUAGCCAAUCAUCCACUAUACAGUCAGCGGCCUCCCGAAGAGCCGGCUCACCGUUUCUCCCAGCCCACGUUCCCCCGCGAGCGCAGCAUCGCAGAACGGAUGCGCGAUGAGCAAGCUCAACAAGCCCAACAACAUGCUGCGAUGAACAGGGAAGAACAAAUGCGGCGUGAUCGCGAGCGUGAGAUGCAUGAUCGCGAACUUCGGGAACGAGAAAUGCAGGAUGCGCGGUACAGGGAGAACUUGAUGCGAAGUAGAGAUAUGAGAGGCCCACCUCCACCACCACAGGGAUCAGGUCCGGAGCAGCGCCCGGACCAGAGGGCACCGACGGGACCAGGCCAUAUGGAUUGGAGCAGGCAUGCACAGGAUCGGGGAGGAUGGCAACGUUGA